CUUCCUCAAAACAAAACGUUCUCUUCAUAUUUUCUCUCAUCACUUGGAGGUGUACGUGCUUGCGUGGUGAAGAAAAGAUGAGUGUGGAGAUAUUGGAUGGAGCCACAAUUCGUGAUUUCGUGGAGGAUGAAGGGGUCUUCAAUGGGUCGAUCAACGACCGGUUUGCGAGCCUUGACACCGACCAUGAUGGCCUACUUUCAUAUGCAGAGAUGGUGAGGGAGCUGAUGAGCCUUAGGGUGCUCGAGAAACACUUUGGUGUGGAUGACGUGGGUUUGAGCCCUGACGAGCUUCUUCAACUUUAUCAUGGCCUGUUUGCUCGGUUUGAUCAUGAUGGCAAUGGAGCAGUGGACUUGGAGGAGUUCCGGACAGAGAUGAGGGAGAUGAUGCUGGCCGUGGCGAAUGGGCUCGGGUUCUUGCCGGUGCAGAUGGUGGUGGAGGAGGGGAGUUUCCUCAAGAUGGCUGUGGAGAGGGAGUCAGCCAAGUUGGCGGCAUAGGGUGUCUUUUUUACUUUUACGCAGGGGUCUUCAGCUAGACUUAUCGUUAUCGAGUUAUUUUUGUAUUUAGUUUGAUUCGUGGGUUAGUCCCUGCUUAAAUUGUUGAAUGAUAAGUUGCUGAUGGAUUUCUUUCUAACGAGAUCGGUGAGAGGAAGUAAAUGAAAGAUUCCUUCUCCCAUGCUUUCUAUUGGUUUUAAAAUGAGAUAUACUAAUAAAUAAGAGCUCGAAUUUGCCUACCU